AUGGCUUAUGUUUUGAUUGGCGAAUCGUUUGAAUUGUUGAAUUCUGUUUUUAAUAUGUCCCUUUUUUUUACCAUACUAACAACGUUUGUAUACACCUUGAUUAGUAUUUGGAUGUUCAUUUAUUCCUACCGUUAUUUAAAUAAGCCCCCAUAUAUGUUCAUUCUACUCAUAUGGAUAGGUUGUGAUAUUUUUGUACUUGGUAUAAUAUCCUACGCGUGCGAAGGAGUUUCAAAGCUGCGAGAUUGUCUUAUAAAAUCAGCAACCGAUGCUAUAAUAAAUUCAUAUCAUUCGACGAAACAAGUGCGUAGCGAGUUUAAAGUUUUCAUGUACGUUUUAGAGUGUUGGAAGUUGGAAAUAGAUGUUUUUCAAAUGUAUCAGUUAAAUAAAAGGUUAAUGAUAAGGUUUAUUAGCGUGUGCACGACCUAUUUGAUUUUUUUGUUACAAAUUUCGCAUUUGAUGUAG